AUUUUUACUAAAUAUUGGUUUCAAAAACAUUCUUCAAAAGCAUUUUCAAACAUUUUAAAAGCAAAUUCAGAUGAGCAAAAUCUAAACUAUUGGUCAUACUAUAUAAUUCAGAUGAGCAAAAUAUUGGAUUCAGCUUCUUCACUGUUCAACGGGUCUGCAUAUUGGUGGUGAAGUUCGUUUUAUACUUGCGAAGAACCUAAGAAGUUAGGGAGAUUUUAUAAGUCAUGAGUAACGGUGUUGAAUCAUGCAAUGAAGAAAUCAAUGACCGGUUGACCAUAUCGAGGGUGGUUAGUGACUCGGUCAUCAAGGGGAUCGUUGAUGCUGUAACACAAGAAGCAGCAGAGAAAAUUGCUCAGAAAGAACUAGAGGUGACUAUGCUGAAGGAAAUGUUACAUGUUUACCACGUGCGUGGUGAUGAAAACGAAUUCUUACCCAUGGAGCGAGAGUCAAAAGGUACCGAAGACAGAUUUAUUAAAAAAGGUGCCAGAGGUGGCGUGUGUCCUAACUUUCUUGAAGCUGUCGUAGAGCAUGGUGGCAUAGAAAAAUCUUUGGGCAUCUUACGAGGAACAACUAAAGAGCAGUUCAACAAGCUCAAGACUGAAAUUGAUGGAAUUAGAGGGUGUAGUUCAAUCAAGAGGACUGGUUCUGGUUCUCAGUUGUUGGGCUUGGGUGACAUACUGCAUGAUAAUGUAUCUGACAGAUGGGUUGAUGUGGAUAGAUCGUUCGAUAGCCUGAAGGGCACAGUAGAAACUGUCUUUCAACAGUUGGAAGAAGUGGUUAGCUCGGCACAGGCAUCAGUCUGUGAAUGGCAGCAGGAGGAGGAUUUUAAAGCAGAAAUAGAUAGUUCGAAUCCUUCCGUCCCAGAAAUUGAUCGUGUUAUUAGCCUAGAUGUUGUUUUACUUAUAUGCCUAGAUGUUGUUUUACUUAUAUGCCUCUAUUAUAUUAUUUCAUGUAAUUAGCGUUAAUUGAUCAUGUUGUUGAGAUGUGAGUUUUAGAGUACUUUCAAAUUAUCACAA